AUGUCGCUGCUUCGAAGAGCGCAGCAGCAGAUCGCGCACACAUCCACGCUACCUGCUUUGGGCAACAAGGAUUUGAGGUCAUUGCAGGAUGUUAUCACCAACGAAAAGGAAUUUAUCAAGUCUGGUGCUCGUGCAGGCAAUGACUGGCAGCGAAGUGCGGAAUCGCUGAAGUCGUGGGGAGAGUCGGAAGGCGAGGAUCUGGCAGUGAGUGCUUCGCGCGUCGGACUGUGCUUGCCGAAGACUUGCUGAGCGACGCAAUUGUCGCUCAACCACUUUUGCGCAUCCGCAAACGUUUAGGACAUUACACAUAAGCUCUGCUCAUUGAUGGCGCACUACAAUUCUGCCAACACUCGCUUUGCCUCUCAUCUCGCCACCACACGUUUGCACUUCAAAGCUAUUCGCACUCGCGAGGAAACGCUGGCCCAGCUCAAAAACUCGAAAGCGCGAUUGGCUUCGAGAAUCGAAGGUCUGGAGAAGAAACUGGCAAAGAUGGGACCCGAGAACAAGGAGCUUAUGAAGACGACGACAGAUCUGAAAGAUCGAAGAAACGAGAUGGAGGUGAUGAGCAGAGAGCUGUUGGAAGAGGAAGCCAACAUAGGUGAUUUUAAGAGAAAGACGGUCAAGGAGGCUAGCGGUCUCAAGCUUGGAGGUCUGCUCGAGUUUGCCGAGAAAAUCACUGUGAGUAGUAGCGCCAAGAGCCGUCCCAACUGGCUCGGCUUAGCAUGAGCUCAUGCCCAACGAUACUCGCCACUCAGAUCAUUGCCGAGGUGGGCAAACUGAUGAUCGAGCAGAUUCCGCUCGAAACGACUACACCUGGACAGCAGCGUGCCCCCUACUAUGGACAUGCAAAGACUGAACAGCUGCUCUCCGAAGCCACGCAAUUAAUCGCAGAUGUCGGAUUUGCACCUGGCCCCUCGGGCGGCCGACCGCCUCGCGGCAGUCAUCUGCCCGAUGAUAGCUUGGACGCAGGCAAUCCAUACAACGGUCAGGACAAUGCAGACGUUGACCUGGCUAGAGAGGACAGUGAGACGGCGGACACAAACCCGUACAUUACAGGUGCUCAGCUCAACGGCACCCCAAUCUACGCAGCACAUGCUACACUACCGCCAUCCGGUGCCGAUGCAGCGCAUUGGAGUUCCGCGGACGCUCGGAACCAAGCGGAAGAUCAGCAUCAAUCGGGCAACAACUUUGACAAUUCUCACUUGCAAGCUGAUGCGCAGAAUGUUUGGACUGAGGAGCGCAUUCAGACGCCUGUCGACGAGCGCGUGGGUCGUUGGCAACAGGAUAACGUAGCUCGUCCCAACGGCUCUGCUGCAGGCAGCAGGCAGAACAGUACUCAUGAUGUCAGAGCCAGUGCAGCGUACGGAGGAAUCAGCUACGGCGCCGACGAGGAUGGGCCUGGAGAUACACAGCCUUCUGGCCCCAGACUAGGAUUGCACGAUCCGAGCGGAGCUCCUACCUCCUACUACAGUCAGAGCGCUGCAGCCCCGGAAGCGUCGACUGGACCCAGGUUGGGUAUGCAUGAUCCGGAAUCAACGUACUACAGUCAUGCCCCGACCAUCGCGCCGCCACGCAUCUCCACUCCUGCAAACGGCUCUGCUCACAGCCACAAUCCGCCUACAAGCAGCUAUGCUGCUGCGCCGAGCUCGCCCGGGGCGAACCGGCAGUCAGCGACGCUCGCGUCCUUGAGCGCUGCAGCAGCGUCUUCGUCGGACUUUCAGCCUCCGUCCUUGCCCCCUGUGCGGACCUCUUCACCGUUCCGCUCCGGAGGGUACGAAGCGCCCGAAGGAGGCAGAAAGGUCAGCGCAGCGGCUUUCAGAAAAGGCUUCAAUCGCAACCCUUCUUCAAGCAACGUGGCUGCAAUGGGCAUUGGAUCUGGGGCUGCUGCGCAUGGUGAUCAGGGCACCUAUGGUGGUCAGGUGUCUAGCCCUGCCGUUGGGAACGAGGAAGGUGCUGAAGGUACCACUGCACCGCUAUCCAUUCGCAGGAGGAUGAGUUCGGGCCUAGGUCUGAACGUCACCGACCCCGUUCCGCCUUACGCGGAUCAGUCUCACAACGGACCAGCCGGCUCAAAUGCACACCUGGCAUGA